AUGCCAUCUUUUGAUCGUAGUACCACAGGGAAGGAAGUCGUCGAGACGUUCGCCGAAAACCUCAAAGGGAAAACAGUUGUAAUCACAGGUCCUAGCUUCAAGUCAAUAGGCGCUGAAAUCGCAAUUUCUCUAGCAUAUGGCUCACCAUCAACCAUCCUCCUCCUAGGUCGCACAGAGUCUAAAAUCACCCCAGUCAUCUCGCAAAUCAAAGCUUUUAACCCAUCCAUUACCGUCUCAUUCAUUCAUCUCGACCUUGCCGAUCAAGCAUCCAUCCGCAAGACUACUGAGGCGGUGUCUGAUGCUGUUGGCAAGAUCGAGUAUCUCAUCAACUGUGCUGGCGUGAUGGCCAUUCCUAGUUUCCAAACCACGAAAGAUGGGAUCGAGAUGCAGUUCGGAUGCAACCACAUUGGGCAUUUCUUGCUCACCAAUCUACUGAUGCCAAAGAUAUUUGCGGCUGGGAAGGGAGCGAGGGUUGUGAAUGUGAGCAGUACUGGAUACAGGCUAGCUGGUGUGAGGUUCGAUGACUAUAACUUCGAGGAGGGCAAAGUAUACGACCCAUGGUAUGGAUAUGCACAGUCCAAAACAGGAAACGUUCUUUUCGCAGCUGGGUUGGCGCAGAAGUUGAAGAGCAGGGGUAUUCAGUCCUUUGCUUUGCAACCUGGAUUGGUUCUCGAAUCCAAUCUCUCUGGACAUGUUACGCCCGAUAUGUGGACUAGUGCUCUGAAAAUUGCAAACGAGGCUACAGAGGGAAGUAUAACGGAACUGGAAGUCCCAAAGACAUUGCAGGAGGGUUCCUCUACGCCUCUUGUAGCAGCUCUGGACCCGACAAUUGAAUCACAAUCAGGAGGAUUCCUCCAAGAUUGUGUGGUAAUUCCUAUUGAAGGGGAACAUGCAAAAGGACAGGAGAACAUUGACAAGUUAUGGGCAUUGAGUGAGAAGUUGGUAGGACAGAAGUUCGAAUUGUAA